AUGGCAUCGAACGGGCCAUUACAGAGCCAAGCUGCUCCCUCCUCCAUACCGAACCUCAAAGACCGUCUACCCAAACUCGAGCCUCGCAAGCGGCGCGCGCCACCCUCGAACCCUACGCCCGUCCCCGCGACGCCUGCCCUGCCCGAGCAGCUGCAAGAUAUACCAAGCUGGACCUUUUCGGUGCCCUCGCGCCGCAUCCUCUCCAAGCGGGACCAUGAGCUCUUCCUGGCCUCGCCCGCCUACAGCACCAUUGUCGGCUGGGUGUUUGGCCUCGCCGAGGCCGUCGUCGACACGCCCUGCUCCGCCGCCGCCGUCGACGACGCCGCCCUCAGCGAGCCCGUCCGGACGCUGCUGCGCAUCCUCGACGAGGUCGAGUCCCUCAUGAAGCUCUCACCGCCCAACGAGCAAGGGGGCUCGCGCUUCGGCAACAAGGCCUUCCGGGGCUUCCUCGACCUCGUCCGCGCGCGCACCGACGGGUGGCACAGCCAGCUCGGCCUCGACAACGGCAACAGCCCCCCGACCGCCGCCGCCGAGGCGUCCGCCUACCUGACCGAGUCUUUUGGCAACCGCAGCCGCAUCGACUACGGCUCUGGCCACGAGCUCAACUUUGCCAUCUGGCUGCUGUGCCUGUACCGCCUGCGCGUCGUGCAGCGCGCCGACCUCCCCGCGCUCGUGCUUCGCGUCUUUGCGCGCUACCUCGAGGUCAUGCGCGCCGUGCAGAUGCUCUACUACCUCGAGCCCGCCGGCUCCCACGGCGUCUGGGGCCUCGACGACUACCAGUUCCUGCCCUUCCUCCUCGGCGCCGCCCAGCUCCUCCACCACCCCUACAUCACCCCGCGCGCUAUCCAUCAGGACCUCACCCUCGAGGAGGCCGGCCGCGACUACCUCUACCUCGGCCAGGUCGCCUUUGUCAACAGCACCAAGACGGUCAAGGGCCUGCGCUGGCACAGCCCCAUGCUCGACGACAUCUCCUCGGCCCGGUCCUGGGAGAAGAUUGACGGCGGCAUGCGCCGCAUGUUUGUCGCCGAGAUCCUCGGCAAGCUCCCCGUCAUGCAGCACUUCAUGUUUGGCUCCAUGGUCCCGGCGGCAGAGGGCAUGAGCGAGGAGGAGGGGGAUUCAGAGGCGGCGGCUGGUGGACAUGAUGGCGAGGAGGAAGGGCACGAGGGCCAUAGUCAUGAUGGCAAGGGCUGGGAUGACUGCUGCGGCAUCAAGGUGCCGAGUAGCAUUGCGGCGGCGCAGGAAAUAAAGAAGAUGGGAGGUGGUGAUUCGCUACGUAGGAUUCCAUUCGACUAA